GGGUGGGGUGUGUGUACAGUUCAGACUUACACGCAGCAGCUCGUAAUCUGUGUGCAGGAAACUGCUUGUAUCCUCAGCAGAGCUAUAUUUAACAUUGUUUAAGUCUACAAAAAGUGUGUGUUUAACAAUUUUCAACAUCCAGAAGGAAAAGCCAAAAUGUCAUUAUGUAUUUCAAAGUCUACAACAAAAUUGUUUAAGUUUCUUCUAACAAGGACCUUUGCAAAACCAAAACAACGGAAAUUAUGUCUUUCAACCCACAGCCCACUUAUUGGAGACAAAAAUCUUGUUUUGAUGGGACCUCCGGGUUCUGGGAAAACGUUAGUAGGCAGAUUACUUGGAGAGAAGCUGGGAUGCCCUGUUAUUGAUGUUGAUGACGACAUCCUUGAAAAAGACUGGAAUAUGAGUGUUGCUAAUAAAUUGCAGGAUGUUGGUGACAAGCAAUUUUUGGAAGAGGAAGGAAAAGCCCUUUUAAAGUUUACAGCAUCUGGAAGUGUAAUUUCCCUUACAGGUUCCAACCCUCUUCACACUUCUAGCAUGGAGCAUACAAAGAAAAAUGGAAUAGUGGUAUAUCUUGAUGUUAGUACAGAAGAUAUUUUGGAUAGGCUUGAAGGAAUGAAAGUGGAUCGUAUUGUUGGCCAAUUGUCCGGAGCUUCAAUGGGUGACAUACUUCAGAAAAGGAAGCGCUAUUAUAAAAAAUGGCAUGAUGUCCGUGUGUUUUGUCUGUCUGGCGAUAAUAUAGAGAUAGUUGCCGACAAAGUAAUUGAGGGAGUUAAAAGAUACCAGGAUACUGAAUCUGACACAUUCAUUUCCACCAGAUCUGUAGACCCUAGUAAAGACAAAACAAAGUACUUCAGUGAUGUAGUUAUUGAUGGUUUAGCUCCAGAUGGUGGGCUGUAUGUUCCUGAGAAUGACCUACCAAAGUUCUCUGCAGGAGAAUGGAAAAGACUUAUUAGGUCCACUUAUACUGAAAGAGCCCAGAUAAUAUUAGAAAGAUGCAUACAUCCUGUUGAUAUUCCUGCUUCUGUACUGGGAGAAAUUGUUGAUAAAGCAUAUGGAGAAAAUUUUGCUUGCAGCAGAAUUGCUCCAGUAAGACAUUUAACUGGUAAUCAAUUCAUUCUUGAGCUUUUUCAUGGGCCAACAGCAUCAUUUAAGGAUCUGGCAUUGCAAUGUUUGCCUCAUCUUUUUGCUUACUGUAUUCCUAAAGUGUGCAACUACCUAGUGUUGGUUGCAACUUCUGGAGAUACAGGAAGUGCUGUUCUAGAUGGCUUUAGUCGUCUCAGUGACAUUGACAAACAAAGGAUUGCUGUGGCUUGCCUGUAUCCUGAAAAUGGAAUAAGCCCAGUACAAAAAGCGCAAAUAAUUACUUGCCAAGGAACUAAUGGGUUGGCGUUAGGAAUACAAUCUGAUUUUGAUUUUUGUCAAAAUGCUAUUAAAGAAAUAUUUAAUAAAUCAGAUUAUACUGGAUUUCUCACAGCUGAAUAUGGAACUGCUCUUAGCACGGCUAAUUCAAUAAACUGGGCAAGACUGCUCCCUCAAGUAGUUUACCACGCAUCAUCAUACCUUGAUUUAGUUGACCAAGGCAUUAUUUCUUUUGGAAACCCAAUUGAUGUGUGCAUCCCCACAGGUAACUUUGGAAACAUAUUAGCAGCAGUAUAUGCCAAGCAAAUGGGAAUACCUAUCAGAAAGCUCAUAUGCGCAUCUAAUCAGAACCAUAUUUUGACUGAUUUUAUAAGGACAGGUAAUUAUGACCUAAGAGGUCAAAAACUGCAGCAGUCAUUUUCCCCAUCAAUUGACAUUCUCAAGUCUUCAAAUUUAGAGAGGUAUUUGCAUCAUCUUGCAAACAAAGACGGUCAAUUUGUGCAACAUCUGUAUAAUCAGUUACAGAAUCAAGGUCAUUUUCAACUGCAAAGCAAUUUACUUAGAGCUCUUCAGCAUGAUAUUGUUGCAGACUGGUGCUCUGAGAAGGACUGCUUAGCAGCAAUUCACUCUGUCUAUAGAGCUACAGGGUAUAUUUUGGAUACACAUACCGCUGUUGCUAAAGUAGUUGCUGACAAAGUGCAGGACAAAACAUGUCCUGUUGUCAUAUCAAGUACAGCUCAUUACUCUAAGUUUGCACCUGUCAUUUUGCAAGCAUUGAAUAUUGAUCAAAUGAAACAAAGUCCUUUAGGUCAGCUUCAUAUUUUAAAUUCUUUUAACCCCUUACCUCCAGCUCACAGAACUCUCCUUAAGCUGAAAGAGGGUAAAAAUAGCCACGUUUCUGUAGCCGACUCACAAAUAGUGAUGGACCACUUGGAACAAUUUAUACAAAAUCUAUUUUUGAAAGUUUACUGAAGGGUAUUGUAGUUCUGAUAUUUCCUACAAACCAAAUGUAGAUAAGAAACGUCAAAUAGAAGAACACAGAGGCGCCACCAUGGCCCAGUACCACCAAAACAAAGAAAUAAAUAUAUAGAAGGCACUAUAUAUACUCACAAACGUCAAGCACCCAGGUGGUGCUAGUGGGGCAGGCUGAAACUUCACAGUAGUUCAGCUCACUGAUAUACCUCCAAAUAGAUCCAGUCGGUGUUCCUUGAGAGCCUAAGAUCCUAUGCCUAGAAAAGAGAGAGGCAAACCAACAUGGCCUAGUAUUGUUUGAGCCCAGGGAGAAUAUAGCCCUAAUGGGGCCCAGGGAGAAUAUAGCCCUAAUUAUUAUAUGUAGAUAAGAAACGUAACCAUAGUACUGUAGCUUCCACCAAAACAAAUUAAUGAGCAUACCAUGGAGGAAUUUCAGGAAGGCUAUUUCAAUAAUCAUUAAAAAAAAAAAAUAGGAAAGCACUUUGAAACAGUUUAAAAAUAGAAGCUUCUUAAAUUAAAUCUAUUUUCUUGGAAAAUGGGUUGUUGGCCCUAGGGAAAACAUGUCACUUUUUACGUUGUUACUUCCAAUGAAUAACAAGAUGGAUGGAAUUUCCGUUUAAGGUUUCCUAGUAAUUCUGUUAUGUGAUGUACUUUUAACUGUACAAACUAAAUGUUAUAUAUAAUGUAAUUAAUGUAGAGUCAAACGGAAUUGACAUUUAAAGUAAUGAAUGUUUAUUAAACAAGAUUACCUUUCAAUGUACAUUCAUUUAUUUAUUUUUGUUAUGUACUUUAUAUAGUGUAUAAAAAUGUCUGACAUUAGGAACAUAAGCAGCUUCACUUUAGUAGGAAAUACUAGGUGCUUUUAGUUUAGUUUUAAUAGGUAUGUACUGUUUAUCAACAAUAUUAAAAUGUUACUAUUAAAACAA